AUGAAGCGGGCGGACCUCGCAACACCAAAGGGGAUCGACCACGAUUACAACUAUCUUACGAGUAUCGAGCGGGAACUUGAUCAUGCUGAAAAGAAUGCUAUAUCGAGGGGGUUCAUGCUGGAGGAGGAAAGGAGGAGGGGUAAGCAACCGGCGAAGGGAGAAACACAGUUCAAUGCUGCGAUUGAGAGGUGUGGGGUUGUUGUUGCGAAAGCACCGAAGGGCAUGACGAGGAGCAAGCGGAAUGCGACGAUCUGCAGUAAAAAGAAUCGUACUCUUCAGUGGACCGUGGAAUGGGUACACCCUGACGGCAACAAGACAAUGGAUAAAUUGUGGGAGACGCAAAGCAUAUCUGCUGCUUACGACGACCAUCUGAGAUAUCUAGACAGGAGUCACCCAAAGAAAAGACGGAAACCUGAUCAUAAAUACAAAGACCUCGCAGCGUCGGCUACAUUCGUAUCAUCGAGCGUGCCAGCCCAUGACUCUACCGUAGGAGAACAACCAAGUGGGUCCACUACGACGGCUCCUGUGGGCAAGCGAAAACGUGAGGAGGAUGAAGCUCGUGUGAACCGCAACGCUGAGGGAGAGAACCCGAACAUGGCUGUUGCCAAAGACACUGGCGAUUCAGGAGCCAUCCAAAACUCAGCAUCUAUACCCGCGUCGUCCGACGCUUCGCCGGUGACAGAACCAGCGCCGAAGGUGGAUUUCAACUUCUACCUCCACCAUCCAUCUCUACCCUCACGACAUCCAGUCGUAAUACCACUUCCCCCGGACGCCAAACUAGCAACCUCACUGACCAACAGACUUGUACUCGAAUUCCCAACAAUAUAUGUAUUGCGCAGCCAGCCAGAUGGCACAUUACCCGAGGGAUUGGUGAGCGAAGAGGAUUUCUUUGCUUCGGCGAAGAAGGAGUUGAUUGAAGAAAUAGCAGGCGAGAAAACCUCCGUUGGUGGAUUUGAUGGGAAAUUUGAAGAGAGAAAGGCACAUGAUCUAGAGGAUGGCGAGGUGGAUCAGGGUCGUCUGCUAGAAGUCUUGGGGAAGGAUUUGAAAGGGAUCGCGGGCUCGCUGUAA